UUUCUUUUUCUUUCUCAAACCCCUUUAUAAAACCAUCUCUUCCCACUUUCUUCUACACAUUCAUAUUCAUGCACUUCUCCGCCUCCGCCUCCGCCUCCACUAGACCUUGUUACUUGGAACAAGACCACGGUUUGGCUUCCUUAAACAACAACAUGGACGCUUGUCAUCACCGUGCCAACAAUUUCUUCUCCAGGUCCAUCACCAUGGGUUACGCCACCUCCUUCACUCAGAGGAGCCUCUCCGUUUCCUCCCCGAGAUCCGCCACAUUCCAGGAUCACCCGCCGCACUUCCUCGCCGCCUGCUUCCUCUGCAAAAAACCUCUCGGGGACAAUCGGGACAUCUUCAUGUAUAGAGGGGACACGCCUUUCUGUAGCGAAGAGUGCAGGCAAGAGCAGAUAGAGAUAGACGAAGCGAAAGAGAAGAAGAGGAACCUUUCUUCGUCGAUGAAGGCUUUGAGGAAGAAGGAGCAGAGAAAAUCGAGUUCGCCAAACAAGUCCCAAGAUUACUCGUUUCGUACAGGGGCAGUUGCUGCAGCUUAGCGUGGUGGUUGAAGGGUGAAUUGGAUUCCUGGAGAGGAAGGAAGGAACGCAGUGUUCCCGGAAAAGGAAAAGGAAACAGAAAAAGUGUGAGAAAGAGACAAGUUGUUGAAAAGUGAAAAUUGUGUUUGCCAGAUCCUCUCUAGUCUCUAGUCCCUAGUCUCUAGUCUCUAUACCAAAUAACACAAAUUUUGAGGCCUGCUUUUUUCUUUUGUAAAUCACCCUCCUCCCUCCCUCCCUCCAUGACUUGACUUAUAGUGGUUGUGCGUUGUGCCAAAUAGUUUCAGUUUUCAAAAGAAGAAACUGAAUACAAUGCAAAUUUUACUCUCUUUCUGGGACUUAAUAUUUCUGUUAAUUGGGUGAAGUGAGUGUCUUCAACUUCAACUUAACUCGCCAUCGUUUCAAUCCUGUUCUCCGUUUUCUCAAACACCAGAGGUUUCCCCACUCUUUCAAUUCACCACUACUAGGUCUCACUUUCGUUACUUCUUUCUGUUGCCAGUGUUGAGGAAUGAGGAUACACAAUGAUACUGUAUUUAAGAAAUCAAUUACUUUUUUUUCUUCUUAUUGUUAUAUCAUACAAAUUAAAUUGUAUUUUUAUCCUUCAAA